GAAGUAAGAACGUGAAGAGAAAGACAAAGCGCCGCGUGAUUUGGGAGCAGCCAACUGCAACUGCAACCAAAGGCCGAAUUUGUAUACAAAAGGCCGCCUUUCUUCAGUGCCAACCGGGGGCAGGCGCUUUCUAUUUGACGAACAAAGAGGAACAACGAAGAAUUUCGAUUAAGAGAGAGAAAACCCAAAACAGCCCCUUCCCCACCAAAUUGUUUUCUCUCCAAGCAAUCAAUUUGAAAGAAAACCAACAACAGCUCUGCGAAUCCUGAAGAACUCGCUGACCCACUUCCGUUUUCAAAUCGUUUUUCGCUUUUCUCGACAAGAUUCACCUCGUCGGAACGCCACCCAUCGUUCUCGGCGACAUCAAUUGGUUUCCCCACUUAUUGGAAGUUGGAAUCAUCAAUGCGUUCUUGAUUUGCUUUGCCCACCUUGUUUGUUCGAUUCAUAUAAGGGAGGCCAUGAAUGCGAAUAGUUCGCGAUUUCAAUCGUUUGGUCAAACUGAGAUUAACUGGGACAAGCUCGAUAAAGCAAAAUUUUAUGGCAUAGGAGCUGGUCUCUUUACUGGGAUUACAGUUGCACUGUACCCUGUUUCUGUUGUAAAAACGAGGAUGCAAGUUGCUGUUAAGGAUUCGACCGAGAAAAAUGCCAUGUCUGUUAUUAAAGGCUUACUGAAGAAUGAUGGGGUUCCUGGUCUUUACAGAGGGUUUGGUACAGUAAUCACUGGUGCAAUUCCUGCAAGGAUCAUCUUUCUUACUGCUUUGGAGACGACCAAAGUGGGAGCCUAUAAACUGGUUGAGCCAUUUAAAUUUUCUGAACCUACACAGGCUGCUUUGGCAAAUGGGUUAGCUGGCAUGACUGCAUCACUUUUUUCUCAAGCUGUGUUCGUUCCAAUUGAUGUGAUUAGUCAAAAGCUAAUGGUUCAAGGAUACUCGGGAAAUACAAGAUAUAAUGGGGGUUUAGAUGUUGCUCGUAAACUGAUAAAGUCUAAUGGGAUCCGGGGAUUGUAUAAAGGUUUUGGGUUAUCUGUUAUGACCUACUCUCCAUCUAGUGCUGUAUGGUGGGCAAGUUAUGGUGCAAGUCAACGCGUCAUCUGGAGGUUCUUAGGUCAAAACUCUGCUUCUGAGAAAUUUGCUCCUAGCCAUACCCAACUUAUUUCAGUUCAAGCUGCGGGUGGAAUAAUUGCAGGUGCAACAGCUUCCUGCAUUACCACACCAUUGGACACCAUAAAGACUCGCUUACAGGUGAUGGGUGAUAAAGGGAAGACGGCAAGACAAAUUGUCGAAAGCUUAAUUGCUGAGGAUGGAUGGAAAGGUUUUUAUAGGGGGCUGGGUCCUCGGUUCUUCAGCAUGUCGGCCUGGGGAACCUCGAUGAUAUUGGCUUACGAGUACUUGAAGCGCUUGUGUGCAAAAGAUGAACAGACUUGAGCUCAUCAAAGAUUUUAGAACCAAAGCAGCUUAGUCAACUUUUUUUUUGCCCACACAACAAGGCCAGAUUCGGUUGCAGAUAGAUAUUGGUGUUGAAGCAUUUGUGUAUUGACUACAGAGCAGAAUUUCAUUCAUCCUAAAACCACAUUCAUUUUUUGGGAGAAUUCGAAUAGCUCCUUAAUUUUUGAGACAGACAUGUUUAGUAUUUCAUCACAAUAAACUCAGAUCAUCAAAAUAGAGAAUGUAAGCUUAGUAUUCUCACGUUGUAUUUAAACUAACAUAUAUUAUUCUUGAUGAAUCAUUUCAGUACACAACAUUGAGUCUAA